GAUGUGUACAUAAAUAUUUGCUUUUUACAACAUAGGCAAUAUGAAGCAAAUUAUGCAGAGGAAAUUAAAAUCAACGAAGCAGCGCAAUAUAACCAAAAGCCGGCAGGAUUCAGACAAGAAAUAUCCCUUCGAGUAAGCGACAGUUCGGAAGCAGACUCAGAUUUCGAAGAGGUUGAGGAUAACGUCCUAGCGGCUUCAGAACUCGGGUCUAAAAACAGCUUACAAGUUAUUAUAGAGCUAAAUGACCAAUUAUUGUCAGAAGAUGACUUAUUUUCCGAUGUUUUUGGAUCCUCACCGAAGAGAACUGCUCAUAUUGAUAAGGAAGAACGCCUCUGUGAACUCUCUAUAUCUUCACCAGAAAAUUGUGAAAGCAUUGUUGUACACAAUAUAAUGGCGGCAAGCGGGAAGUGUAGUGAAAUAAAAAACGAUGAAGAAAUGCAAUAUGAUAAAACAAAUGCUUUGCCUUAUGUUUUAAAUAUGAAUGAUGAUAAUAAAAAAAUGUCAUCUAUAUUAGAUGAGUUAAAAAAGCAAGCAGAUAAUGUCAAAAAUUUAAAUUUAGAUGACGUAAAUAUUUGCGAGUCAGAUGAAAAAUUCAGGUCGAAAAAUGAGAUUAUUGAAAUCUAUGAUAGCGAUGAUCAGAAACUUAGCUCAGAAGUAACACCAAGUAAAUCAACAAAAUUUAGAACGCCUUCGAAAGACAAAAGCAUUAAAGAAUAUUUCGAAACCAAAUAUGUGGUGAAACGAACUCCAGAAAGUGAUAAAACUGAACAGGAGGAGAAGCAAGCAUCUAACGUUAACUCCCCCUUUUUUGUUAAGAAGUCUCCGUCAUCUCAUCGAAAACGAUCCGUUCGUAAGAUUAGCGCAUCACCUAUUCAUGGGCACAAGCUAUCAAGGGUGUCCAAAACGCUGUUCGAGAGUGCCACCACAACGUCUGAAAAAAAACUGGAGAUAAAGGAAGAUGGUCCUGAUUUGAAAUCUGAGGAUGUACCAAAAAGUGCUGUUGGUAUUCUUAAACAACAAAAAACUACCGAACAACUUCAGUCUCUGGCAUCAGAUUUAGUCAAAGAACGAAGAGAUUUAGAAAACGAACGUAACCGCCAAGAUCGAAUGGGCACCGCAAUUACCCAUAACAUGCACACCGAAUGUCAGGAGUUGCUGAAGCUUUUUGGUGUCCCCUAUAUUAUAGCGCCAAUGGAGGCCGAAGCACAGUGUGCCUUCCUAGAAUCAGUAAACUUAACGAAUGGCACGAUUACUGAUGACAGUGACAUCUGGCUAUUCGGAGGUAGAACAGUAUAUAAGAACUUCUUUGAGCAAAAUAAACACGUUUUGAAGUUUGAAGCCGAUAAAAUUAGACACACCUUUAACUGCGAUCGCGAGCAAUUGAUACAACUAGCUUGCCUUGUAGGCAGUGACUAUACAACAGGGAUACAUGGAAUAGGUACUGUUACAGCAUUGGAAAUCUUAGCAACAUUCUCAUUGAAAUCAAAAAAUUCACAAGAAUCGUGUACCAGAAAUGACACCACAACUGAUGCUGUUCUUUCUACGUUAUACCGUUUUCGAGACUGGUUAAAAGUACAUAAGAAUUUAUGCCAGCCUGUUGGUAGCUCCACAUGUCUUAAGCUUAGAAAAAAGUUGAAUAACAUCGAAUUAAAUGAAGGAUUUCCUAGUCCUGCAGUUGUUGAAGCCUAUUUGUUUCCGAAAGUUGAUGAUAGUAAAGCCGCGUUCCAGUGGGGUUAUCCCGAUGUUGACUCUUUAUACGCUUUUACAAAAAGAGUAUUCGGCUGGACAGCAAAAAAAACGGAUUCAGUACUUAAACCCGUGUUAAAAAGAAUGAACGAUAAGCAAACGCAAGCUAGUAUUCGAAAUUAUUUUACGAUAAAGAGUGCCCUUAAGCCUCGAGAAUUAAAGAUAAGUAAACGUGUUCAGAAAGCUAUCGAUACUAUGGCUAGUGCGGCAGAUACAUCUGACAUCAUCGACAUCAAACCUGCAAAACGAAGCCGUCGAACCAAAAAACAAAAUGAUGCUUCGAAAACACAGCAACAAUUGGAGCUGGAUUCAAAUGGCCCUGAUGCAAUGACAAAUAUAGUGGUAGAUAUUCCAAGCACAAGUGCCUCAUGUUUGGCUCACAAAAUGAGUAAAAGUACACCGAGACUUCUUGAAACCAAAGAAGUUAUCCCACAGCGCGAAAAAGAUAUUCAGAAGAUGCGUCAAAGAAAACAAAAGGCAGCAGCUGUAUUAAGAAAAUCUAGGGCUCUGGCCUCCAUUACUACUGGCAUAGAGGAGAGGCGUGCAAAUUAAUAAUCGCUUAUUUGUAAUACAGAUGUUGUUUAUUAAAUGAAUGCGGAAAUAUUAUCUUACUGUUUAAUACAUAACUGUUGAAGACAUGAACUACAUACCCACAUUCAUAUGGCAUUGCAUCCUUUAAUUUUUCCAAACAUGGCAACAUUGGCAAUCAACGAUUGGCGGCUCAGUUACUAACCACCGAAGCAAGGCUGAGCCACUCGCUCAUCAGCCGCCAAAGCAAACGCGUCACAUAAACAACCAUUGUUUAAUAAAUUGAAUACAGUUUGUGAACUGCGUCUAUUAUUGUAAAUAAACUUAUGAUACAUACUGAAAGUAUACCAAGCAGAAACUGUGUCUCAUUAAUACCCGAAACCUAAACAUGGUCCUUCGGCGCCAUUCAAACGAGCCGGCACCGAAUAAAUUUUCGUAUUAAAUCAAUGCUUUGGCGGCCCAAAAGUUUAUUUUCUCAUUCCGUGCGAUUAUUAAAGAAACUUGCGUAUGUGCAGUGCAUAAUCAGCGCUUAAGAACAACAUAAAAAAAAACAAUAUUCCCAACUACUCGCAAAAUAAAAGUGACAGGAAAUCAAAAACAAAUCCCAGAAUCUAUACUGGAAAUAUAUUUGGUGCACCUAAAUAAGAAAAUAAAUUUACAACAAAAUAUAAACGAAGUCACCAGAGCUGGCUCUGGAAGUCACCCACAAAAAAAAACAACAGCACGAAUAAACCUAAUCUAAUAAAGAAAAAAAGCGUUGUAAUAGCUGGACAGCAGAUCAGCAGCAGAGAGAUCGCUUAACAACAUCGAUACCAACAAGCAGAGGGAGCACCAAACAACAAGACGAUAAGUACCCACACCCCUAUAUAUACAGAUAUAUAAGCUUAUCAAAUGUAUAUGCAUGUACAUACGUACAUAUCUAUAGAAGAACAAAUCCCAUUACACUCAUUAGAUGUCCGAGCUAACAUUCCAAGCCGGUCAUUAACCCCAACAGCUGUGUCUCCAGCAACGUGUGUCAUCCCUUUGGUACAUACAGACAUACGUACGCAAAUCUGCCGCUCAACAUUAUUUCCACAUAUAACGCAGUUUUAUAAAUAUGUAAGUUAUAAGUAAUAACAUAACUUUGGGCUGCUCCAGUAAAUACGCUUUGAGACAGUCAUCCCGCUCAUUUUUGUUUAUUUGGAUCUCAUAUUCUUCUGCUAUCCCAGCAUAAUCCAGUUCAAUAACUAUCAACUGCACUCUCUAUGCAGUUGCUAAUUUCAACCCCCACAUUCGUACAUAUUUAUACAUGCAUAAACAUAUGUAUAUAGAAUAUUUCUUUUGCGCGCAAUUGCAGUAAUUUUUUUGUUUAUGCCAUUUCCUUUUCAUGCGAUUACCUCAAUCUCACGAUCAUACGCAACGCAUAUGCAUAUACCUACAUAUAUUCGGCAUAUACAUAAAUACCCACCUACCCUCUCGCUAUCCCAUUGCAGCAUAAUUUACGUUUGACUUAUUACACCAAAUUUGCAAGCGUACAAAUAGACAUACGCAUAUACACACAAGAGCACAACAGUGUGUUUGUUAAAGCCAAAAGCCUUCAACAGUUGGGAAACACUGGCUUGCUUUUCGGCUCUGUGGUAUGCUGCAAAGAGACAAACUACCGAAAAGCAACCGGUGUUUCCGUUACGAUAUUGUAUGCUUAUAUAAGUAUGUAACUCAGAUUUUUGAGGGCAGUUUAGUUGAUCAGUUACGUUGACAUCAGUCAUUCGCGCUUCAGACCGUUCUACCUAGGCAGCAGCAACCUACGCACUUUGAUGUACUUUCUUGUAACCGCCCUGAGAAUAAAGUAAAAUUAGUCUUUUUACUAAUAUAACCGUUUUACGUCUUUUAUUCCUACCUUUUAUAAACGUCAUAUUUGUUGCGAGUUUGCACCGGCGUACAAAGGAGGGUUGCCACUCAGAGAUUUGGUCCAACGAGCCGUCGAACUCUGUCAACAAGCAAUUUUAUCAUCCACAUAUGUAUUUCCUUUUUUACAUACAUCAAAUCAAAGUGCGUGUGAAAUAUUGGUUGAGCAAGUAGUGAUUUCAAUAAAAUAGUGAGAAAAAAACCAGAGUAAAUAGUGCGUCAAAAGUCGAUAUUUAUUUCACGAGUGCUUAGGGCUGAUUAUUCGGGCGUUUUUAAAAAUAUCUGUAAAACCUAAUUUAUAUAUAAAAAGGUAUGUGUAAGGGAAAUUACUACACAAAGUGAAAAAGAAAAUAGCACGGACGUAUGUAUGCACGAGAACAGAAAACUGGAGAGUGGAAGCUUUCAUUUACAAAAAGUGAGUUUUUUCGUAAUUCGUCUGAAUAUUUGUUUCCCAUAUACUCUCAUGACAUUCAACUUUCAUUUCUUAUUUAAAUUCAAAAGUGAUUAUUUCCGAGUUAUACAAUUUUUGAAGUUAUCUAAAUUCCCCGCCAAUUUCACUUUCUUCAAUAUAUGAUUUUGUACAUAUAUGUAUGUAUGUAUAGAUGUAGUAAUAUUACCAAUUUGUUCUCACAAAACAUUUUUUGGUAUUAGUAUAGUUUUUAGCUCUUUUGUGCUCAUGUACAUAAUACGUACGUACAUAAGUACAUAUGUGCAAUACAUAAAUAACUAGAUAAUUGCUCAUAAAUAGCAUACGAGAACGUACAUACUUCCAAUUUAUUCCAGUCUCUCAUUAUUUUGUUUCGCACAUACAUAUUAACUUACAUACCCGAGCUAAGGUCUUGCACUCGACAUUGGAUGAUCUUCAAAUUUGAUCAGGUAGAAAAUAUAUGAAAGUGCGCAAGCAUAUGCAUAUGUGUGUUUAUGUGUAUUUACAAUAUU